AUGAGUAAUGCACCUGUUGGCUUCAUUUCCUUAAAUAAAAUAUUUAGAAAGAAUGAAGAAGAAAAAAAACUUGUAGACAAUAAUCAGGAUCAUUCGAACCUGUUGAAUACAUCUAUUUAUAAUAAGAAUGAAGAGAAAAAAACAUUUGAAGAACUGAACGUAGAAUCAGAAAUAGUGCGUGCUCUAAAAAAAAUAAAUAUUUUUUAUCCUUCUAAGAUACAAUAUAUGAUUAUGAAAAGAUUAAUAUGUAAUGAUAAAUAUAAAAAUAAAAAAAAAGAAAAAGAAAAAGAAAAAAAAAAUUGUAUUAUUCAAUCAAAGAAUGGAACUGGUAAGAGUAUGUCAAUUUGUAUAUUUAUUGUUCAUCAGAUAUUUUAUAAAAUGAAGAAGAAAAAAGAUAUUCAUCAAAAUAAAAUAAAUAAAGAAGAUGAAAUUAAUAGAAUAGAUGAUUCAAAAUGUAUAUCAGAUCAUAUAUCUGAAUCUUUUUCAUCUCAAGACAAUAUGUUUUUGGGUUCUUUAUUUUUUUAUGGUUUAAUAUUAGAACCAACAAGAGAAUUAUGUCAACAGAUUUUUGAAAACAUUCAAAAAAUUACUAACAUAUUAAAAGAUGACAACUGUAAUGAGGUAUAUGAUAAUAUAAAUAGAUUGGAUGUUUAUAAACCUAUCAAUAUAAAUAUAUAUGAUAAAAAAUAUGUUAAUUGUUAUAAAAUAGAAUCUUUAAUAUUAUAUGGAGGGACAGAUAUUUUUGAGAAUAUAAAAAAAAUAUUUACUAAUUUUCCUCAUAUUAUUAUAUCAACACCUGGACGUUUAAAACAUGUUUUAAAUAUUUUAAAUAAGAUUAAAAUAGAAAUAAAUGAAAAAGAGAAAAUAAAAAAUAAAGAUAUACUUCCUUUAUCAUAUAUAACUCUAAUUGAUAUAAUUAAUAUGUCUUUAAAUUAUUUUAUUCUUGAUGAAAUAGAUGCUUUGUUAGAUGAACAAUUUGAUAAUCAACUCAAAAUUAUUUAUAAUUAUAUUGUGAAUCCAAAAAUACAAAUUUUAUGUUAUAGUUCUACGUUUCAAGAAGCAAGUAUUAAUAACUUUAUAAAAAAAAUUAUAGAAUGUGAUGAGAAAUAUGUAUCACGUAUACAUCGAUCUUAUAUGAGUAGCAUGGAUCAGACAAAACAUAAAGAGGGCAGUAGUAAUUUUUUAAAAUUAAAUGUAGAUAUGAGAAAAGAAGAUCACUCAUUGGAUGUCAAACUGGUAGACGGGUUGUUAAGUGAUGCAAAUGAUAUGAACAGAGAUAUUAUUAAUACAAAUGAUAUGAACAGAUAUAAUAUUAAUACAAAUGAUAUGAACAGAUAUAAUAUUAAUACAAAUGAUAUGAACAGAUAUAAUAUUAAUACAAAUGAUAUGAACAGAUAUAAUAUUAAUACAAAUGAUAUGAAUAGAGAUAUUAUUAAUACAAAUAAUAGUGAUACAAAUAAUAUUAAUAAAAAUAAUAGUGAUACACAUUUUAUUACUUCACCUGACCAUCACUAUCAUGAUGAACAAAAUAAUCAUGUCAAAAUAAAAAAGAAAAAAAUUAAUAAAAGGAAAAAAAAAAAAAAAAAAAAAAAAAAAUUCAAAUAUAAUAAUAAAACACCAUCCAAACUAAUAAAUGAAUUACAAAAAAUAAUAUACGAUGAAAAUAUUUUAUGUAAAGAGUUUAUGUGUGAAUAUAUUUUAAAAAAGAUGAUAAAAAGAAAAGAAAAAAUGAAAUAUCAGAUGAAUAGUAAAAGAAACUUUGAGUAUAUACAAACGUGUACAUCACUGAUAAUUCAUUCGGAAGAUAAAAAUAUAAAAAUGAAUAACAUCAACAAUAAUAAUAAUAAUAGUGAUAAUAAUAAUAAUAAUAUUAAUAGUGAUGAUAAUAAUAAUAAUAGUGAUAAUUAUUAUUGUAGUAAUGUUAUUCCAUCUAAUAGUUUAUCUCCUUUUUAUUAUUACCGUUCAGAUGAAGAGAACCAUUCGAAGUCUCAUUUAAAGGGAGUUUUAGAUUCACCAGUUUUAUCAAACAUUGAACAUUGUUUUAUAACCAUAAAUAAUGAGAAUUUAAAUAAAAAGGAAGAACUUAAAUAUAAAAUGAAAGUAGUAUAUAAAAUAAUAAAUGAAAUAAAAUAUAAUCAAUGUUUUCUAUUUAUUAAUAAUACAUAUGAAGGUAUCCAAGUUAUAAAAAUGUUAAAAAAAAUGAAUAUCUCUUCAUAUUAUACUAGUUCAAAAAUAGAACAUAAAGAAAGAAUAGAAUUAUUUAAAAGUUUACAAGAAAAUAAAGUUAAAAUUGUUGUAUGUACUGAUAUUAUGAGUAGAGGAAUAGAUAAUAUUGUUUGUGAUUUAGUUAUUAAUUUUGAUAUACCUAGAAGUAAAGAAACUUAUGUGCAUAGGUCAGGUAGAUGUGGACGAUUUGGAAAUAAAGGUAUGUGUAUUAGUUUAUGUAAUUACACAGAUUAUAAUUAUUUAUAUUAUUUUAAAUUUCAAUUAAAAUUAAAUGUUUAUGAUUUUUCUUAUAUUUCUAAAUAUAAUCAUAAAAUACAACAUUCUUCUUCAGAUGUAUAUAUAAAUCAUAUUAAAAAAAAUGAACAAUCUAACCAACAAAAUAUUCACAAAUAUUUAUUAUAUAGUCAAAGUAAUAAUCAUGAAAAUUAUGAUCAAUGUGAUUCAUCUCAAAAUAUUUUAAACGUUCAACAAAUAAACAAAAACAUCAACAACAACAACAACAAUAAUAAUAAUAAUAAUAAUAACAAUAAUAAUAACAACUAUUACUACAAUAAUAAUAAUAUAUUCAAAUUUUGUGAUUUAGAAUCUUUGAGAAGAAAAUAUGAAAACAACAUUAGAUAUAAUAAUUACCAAGAAAAUGGGAACACAAAAAAAAAAAAAAAAAUUCUAAUAAUUAAUAUAAAAGGUUUUUAUUCCACAAAUAUACAUAUCAUUCCAAAUUUAUAUAAUAAUAUAUUCAAUAAUAAUGUUUAUUUAAAAAUAUAUUUUAAAAAAUUAUUUAUAAAAUUUAAAAUUACACAACAGAAUCAUACAUCUUCUUAUAUUUUUAAAAUACCUAUUGAUAAUAAAAAUAUAUUUAAAAAUAUUAAUAUUAUUCAAAAUAAGUCAAAUUUAAUUUUGUUCUUUCAUUUUUUUCAAAAUAUAAAUAUAUGUUGUAAUUAUUAUGAUGAUAAAACAAAAGAUGAAUAUAGCAACAAUAAUAAUAAUAAUAUUAAUAAUAAUAAUAAUAAUUAUAAUUAUAAUUAUAUUUAUGUAUGUAACAAUACACAUUUCAAAAGAAAGAAAAAAAAACUUAUCAUAAACAAAAACCUUUUUGUAACUAAUUUUUGUAUGCUCUUUUUUUGUAACUCAAAUUAUUAUAUAACAUUAAAAUUAUAUUAUAUAUUUCUUUUUUUAUUUAAAUAUUAUAAAUAUCCACUCAAAAAAAAUUUUUAUCAUCUAUUAAUAUAUAAUAAGUAUUAUAACAACAAUAAUAAAGAAACACAUUGUCUUGAUGAAAAAAUAAAUCACAAUUUAUUUUCGUUUACAAAAUUUGAACCCGUAACCUAUAAUCUAGAAAAUGACAAAUGUAUAAUAUCUGAUUCGUAUGUAUAUUAUAAGAGCAAAAAAAAAAACACACACACAUUAAAUAAUAAUCUAUAUAAUCUAAUUGAUGAUGAAAAAAUAUAUGAACAAGCAAAUCACAAAACAUAUAUUAAUAAACAUGAUAUGUUCUUUAAUCACAAUAAUUAUUUGUCAAAUUCAAUAUCAUAUCAUGACAAUCUUGAUUUUAAUAUAGUAAAACAUAAUAAUAAGCAAAAUAUGAAUAUUAACUCUAUAUCUCUUGAACAAGCUAUGAUUUCUCUUAAUAUGGAUAUACUAGAAAAACAUAUGUUUAUAAAAUUCUGUAAUGAAUCCAAUCAUAUUAAAUGUAUAAACGAUGAAACCAAAAUUAUCAAACAGAUCAAUCAAUAUAUAUAUGAUCAGAUUUUUCUUAAUUUAAAUGAUUAUCAAAAUGUAAAUUUAUUGAAAUGUCUUUUUUUACAAAAUCAUGUAAAAUUGUAUGAAGAAAGUUGA